CCCAUCUCUGAGCUCUCGCUCUCGCUCUCUCUCUCUCUCUCUCUCCUCUUUCUCGUGCUUGCUCGCCCUUUAAACUUUCCAGCUCCACCUUCUCUUUCGCGAGCUUUUGCCCUGAAAAAGCUUUAGGGUUUCACUCCACAGGAAAAGGAAGACAGUGGUGCUAACUCUCCGACCUGCUUUCAAUAGACGUACUUGUGAAGCAAUUUAAGUCUCCACUCCUUUUUACUGGAUCUUCUUCUUCCUCAGCUUGUUCUUGCUCGGAGCCUCUUGUAGUCCGAGAUUUUGUUCAAUGGGCGUUUACGGUGAUUUGACAUCGCGUUUUAGUAGAUGUAAGGUGCUCUCCAAUCACAGCGAUGAGUACCAAUAGUGAGAGGUCGUUGAAGCGUAGGGUUUCUCUGGGCGGGUAGCGGAUUUAGGGGCUGUUGAGAUGGAGGAUAUUGGGCUGGUCAAGCAAGGGUGGAAAUGGUUGCAAUCCAAGAGACAUUGUUAUCCGGUGGCCAAAACUGCUGCGAUCAGGUUCAGGGACAAAAUUGUGGUGUUUAUGGAGAGGCAUUGGCCUCUGGUUUGCAGUGGGUGUGCGAGGAUUUGGAGGUUUUUUCUUUUGAUGCUGAUUUAUUGGGGGGACUGUGUUGUCCGGGGAGCUCGGUCGUUCGUCCGGCUGGGUUCGGCGGCUCUGCUCGUUAUUAUGUGGAGUUGCUUUCUUAGUUUGACAUCAAUGUCUUGCCUCUUCUAUGUACUUAUAUGUAUGGGAGCUGCUGGGGCUGCUGUUCAGUACUUGGGAUACACUCCUGGACUUUUUAUUGUAGGCCUAUUUGCUAUUUUGAUAUUAUGGAUGUAUGCUAACUUUUGGAUAACUGGUACACUGUUUAUUGUUGGAGGUUACUUGUUUUCUUUAAAUCAUGCCCGGCUAGUAGUCCUAAUGGCAACUAUUUAUGCUACCUAUUUUGUACAAGUUCGAGUUGGAUGGCUUGGAGUUUUUCUCUCAAUAAACCUUUCUUUCCUCUCAAAUGAUGUGUUCAAUUACUUACUCCAAUGGUGUGAUAAGUUGAGAGAGAGCACACAUUUUGAGGAGCAAAAGGAAUCAGAAUUAUUCACAGAAGAUGACUUCUCUGGAGAGUGUGAAUACUCUGUUCCUACUGAUGAACCUGAAAAGUUGCACUCAUGUAAAUCUUCUAGCAAAACACCUGCUACUUCGACUAUUGUCAACAAACAUAAAGAAUCUGCUGGUAAGCAGGUGGUCAGAGAAGAAACAACUUCAAUCAAUGAGAUGAAGAGGAUUUUGAGUAGUAUGGAUCACUAUGAAGCAUUGGGCUUUCCCCGUCACAAGAAAAUUGAUGCUAUGCUGUUCAAGAAAGAAUAUCGGAAAAAAGCCAUGCUUGUGCAUCCUGAUAAAAAUAUGGGAAGUUCAUUAGCAAGUGAAUCAUUCAAGAAACUGCAAUGUGCAUACGAGGUUCUUUCAGAUUCAAUGAAGAAAAAAGACUAUGAUGAGCAAUUGAAGAAGGAAGAAUCUAAGAGCGUUUCUCACCAAUCACAUAACACUUCAAAUCAGGGUGGCUCUGAUUACUGCUCUGAGGAGUCAAGGUGUAUACCUUGCACAAAAUGUGGCAAUUCACACAUUUGGGUUUGCACCAAUAGGACUAAGGCCAAAGCAAGAUGGUGUCAGGAUUGCUGUCAAUACCACCAAGCCAAGGAUGGAGAUGGAUGGGUUGAAUACAAGGGAUCACUGGUCUUUGGUCGGCCGCAAAAGGUGGAAAUACCCCGUGCCUUUGUUUGUGCUGAAAGCAAGAUCUUUGAUGUUUCAGAAUGGGCUAUUUGCCAGGGAAUGGCUUGUCGACCGAAUACUCAUCAACCAAGUUUUCAUGUAAACAUGGUUGGUUCGGAGAAAUCAACUCCAAGAUCCAACUCAAGCAGAUAUCCAUGGGAUUUGGAUGCAGAAAUGAUGGAUGAAGAGGAAGAAUUUGAACUGUGGUUGCAGCAAGCUCUGGCCUCUGGCUUCUUUUGUGAGACAUCCAAACGUCGUAAGAGCUGGAGCCCCUUCAAAUUGCAUCAAAAGAAAUGGAAAAAGCAGGGCCGAAGAUCAUCUUCUUGAGUAUAGAACUGUUAUCAAUUGGUUAAGAUCCACUUACCCCAACUCUUUGAGAAGUUGGAAGAGAGAAGAAUAUCAAGUUUUCAAGUCUCCCGUGACAUUGAUCAAAGGUUGCCCCGCAAAUCUCAUCAAAGAGAUGAGAAUGGGAAUGAUUGGGGUGGAGUAGAGAUAAAUUGCAGCCAUCUUGUGCCUGUAAAUAACAUUAGAUGUCUUCUCUUGUAGCAUCAUCCUCUGUAGCAGAUCAGUUUUGUCUGUUGCUGUGAAGGCUAAUUCACGACGAUAUCCAGUAGACAGAACUGAAUGCACUGACUCUGUAUAUUGACUUGGACUUUUCUACCUUUUUUUUUGUAAUAACAAACAAAGAAAAUGUGAGGUUCUUGUAGUUAACAUUUGAGAACCUUGUCAAAUAUCAGUUAUUGAACCAUGGUGCUUAAACAAAAGGUUAUUUUACUGCAUGAACCUUUUACUAUUGCAGUGUUUCGGAGGAGACUUGUAUGAAGCUGUUCUCGUGUCCCUAACCUGUUACAACAAGGUCAAUUAUGUUAUGAUGUCUAGAUGUUCUAGGAAAUAACAGUAAUCAAAAACCCUUAUCCCAUUGGGUGGGGUCCAUUACAUGAAAUUUAGGUACCUCCUU